AGAUAACGGUCGAUUUCAGCCUUUAUUUAGGAAUUGCAAACUUGAGUACAUAAAUCCCCAUUUGAUGGUAAAUUUCCGGAAUGUUACAAUCUACUCUCCUGGAUGGACAUUUCCUCAUGGAGCGAAACUUCACACCAGAUGUUCAGAAUUGGGCAUGUAUAAACUUCUCGGUACUGCGACUCCCCAAUGCCAGAAUGGACAAUGGUCCUCAAGAUUGCCUUCUUGUGUACCGACCACACUUUUAACAAACUUUACGGAGGAUUCACCUCCAUCGGUACUAAUCAGGAUACCUUCUGGUUCAGCCUCUGUCGAACCUGGUGGAGAACUAGCAGUUUUUCCAGGAUCCACCGUACAUUUUGAAUGUAUAUUCUCAAGGAGAUUGGGUUCCCCUGAUUGGACGUGGACUUCCCCUCUCGGUCAAUAUCUUACAGGUUGGGCAAUAGCCUCAGAAGAACGAGAUUGGAAGUAUAGAUUAUCGAUUUACUAUGCCAAACCUCAAGAUUCUGGAACGUUCACUUGUGCUACUCCACGGGGGAUCACGAAUAGCAUUACACUUACGGUAGCAGCUAUCCAUUGUGAACCAAUAUCUGUAACUGGAAUACAUAUCAGCGUUCGAGUAGAAGGUACAAGACUGGGACACAAGGCUAUAUUUCAAUGCCCUGUAGGAUUUCGGGUUACUGGUGACUCCAAUCUGACAUGUCAGGCUUCAGGAAAAUGGUCUGCUCCUGUGCCGAAAUGCGACUUGGUGAAAUGUGUAGCAUUAGAUGUCCCCGAAGGACUAUCAGAACCACAUCUGCAAGUGGAGGAACACAACAACAGUUGGGGGGGACGAUCCGUAUUCAGUUGUGCGUGGGGGUACAAGUUGUUGGGACCUCCAGGGAUCGAAUGCGAGCUUAGCGGAAACUGGUCUGGACCAUUACCAAAAUGUGUUCCUAUUCAAUGCUCUCCUCCAGUCUUACCAGUUAAUGGACAUCUGAUUCAGUCUGAAGCCCCUGGUAUGGACGGUGGUAGGUAUGCUGUUGGAAGCCUCGUUCAGUUCGCCUGCACUGGGGCACAUUAUUUGGAAGGAGAAGCUAGUAUUAUCUGCACAGAAACCGGAUUUUGGUCACAUCCUCCCCCUUUUUGUAGACCAAGAUGUUCCUAUAUUGGAGAGCCUGAAAACGGUUUCAUUGCACCAACGAAAGUCGCAUACGAACCAGGGGAUGAAAUGAAAAUAAUCUGCAAUCCAGGAUUUGAAAAUACUUCUGAUACCAGUCUGAAAUGCCUACCAGAUGGAAAAUGGUCUUCAUUUCUAUCCUCCUGUGUUAAUAGCAGCAAUAUAACCGACUUUAAGGAUAUUAUCGAUUAGUGUAUACUAUAUAAAAUAGUCCAAUGGUAGGAUAUGAAAGAUGAUGAGUCUAAUUCAAUUUUCAUGUUUUCAUUGAAUGGCAUUUGGCAAAAUGUGAUGAAACUGUUGGUGUGCUAGGUUUUAAACAAAGAAACAAAGAAACAAAGAAACAAAGAAAACAAACAACUAUGGACUAUUACCUCCACUGAUACAACUAUAUUCUCGACUAGUGCCAAUCGACGAAUAUUGGAUUAUAUAUACCUAUAUCUGUUAGAAGGAUAAAUAAAAACCUGCGGAAUCUUAAGGUAUGAAUUGAGUCCAGGUGGAUUUUUCCCAAUUUUUAGGCAUAAUGCAGUAUAUGUCUUGAUUCCAUUGCAUUGUACUAGCACCCAAACAUUGAGGUUUUUUUUCCAGGAGUUGAAUUCACACUCAUUUUUGGGAAAUUGAACAAUAUUUUCAUCUAUUUCAUUUCCCCGAACAAUUUUUUUGUCAUGAAAAAAUAUUGAGGGGGAAUUCUCACUCUCAACCUCUAUUUUGAAGAAUACAGAAACAUAUUCCGCCAAACUGUCACAAGUAUGUAUUGUCUCCCACCAAAUAGGAGAUGCACAUGCUGGAUAAUUCAUGUGAUUCUGAUCAGAACAUCAUUGGGUGAAAAUCAGAAAAAAAUAAUUUGACAUGAUCGAAAUAAGCUAUUUGAUUCUGAAUAGGAAAACUACUUUUUAUAAUAAUUUCAUUUCAUGUUUCUCAAAAAUAAAAAUUUCUAAUUGGAAAACAGUUCUCAUCACCCUAUCCCUAAAAUAUAAUUAAAUGGUGAUUUCCAGGAAUAACUUGGAAAUAUAGCUUUUGAUGAUGUCGAUGCAGAACUAAGCAAUGGAACUAGAGGAAUAAAUUACUCGACAGCAAAUACAUUCGAGUCAAACAUAACAAUCACGAUAUUUCAUAAUAUAAUAAUUUCUAUACCUGCAAUUCAUUACCGAAAAGAUUGAAAAAUGUUCAAGAUUCAAGAAGAUCUGAAAUCAAUCCUCAAAAAUACUUGGCCAGAAAAAAUUAUCGAAUUAGU